AUGCAAGCAUCACCAUCGAAAGCUCGUGCCCAAGCGCUAGAAACACACGCAUGGUCUCUCGUCACAUCAUGGCUAUCCAAGCUCUACCACCCAGCGCCGAUCCCAACAUUUGAACGCAAUGCUGCUACGCUCCGGGGCCUACAGAGCCUCAUGGCUGAGAACACCGCGGCUGACAAGUUACGAGAGCUUGUUUACGAAGCUCAGUGUGAAGAGCUGCAGGAGGCAAGAGCGCACGCAACCGCUGCCGCUGACCAGCCUGGGGCAGGACUCGGCGCCGAGGAGUUGCUGCAGCUUCUCGAAUCGUCGCUUUCGGAAGCAGCGGCGUCGGCAUUGGAUUCACUUGCGCGCUCGGCUGUCCUGUUGGGGUGCGAGACGACAUCGCCGACAGCUGGAACUAUAGAUCAAGCGCUACGGUCAAGGAUCCUGGGCGUGUCUCAAGAGAUCUUCGCGUUGGAGGCUCAGAUCCGGUCUCUGAACGAGCAUAUAUCGCGUCUGGAAGCGCCACAACAGGCCCAGUCGCAGGACCGGCACCAUCAGCAACAAAUCCCGCUCGACCACGAUGACCCCGAAACAGGCACAACGACUCUCCCGUCAACAACCGACAUAUCAACCAUCCACGCACAAACACUCCAACACCAGCGGGAAACGAAACAACUCUCGCUCAAAGCACAGGAAUACCGCAGCCGACUCGCCCAGCUGACCCGCCAGCUCUCACAGCUCUCUCAGUCACAGACAUCCAGGCCGACGAUGUCCACGGUCGCUGCGAAGAUUUCGCAUCUGGAGCGGCGGCAGCAGGACCUUCAGAGCCUAGAGAACACGAUCCGCGCGUUCCACGGCUUGCCGCCGGACGUGCAGGCGUCGCGUGAGGAGGUGCGACGCGCGACGGCCGAGCUGGGGCGGUUGAGGAGUCGGAGGGAUGAGUUGUUUGAGAGGUUGGGGAGUGGGAGUGGGAGUGGGAGUGUAGUGUCGGGGGCGGUUUAG